CCCCCAGGACUCCGCACCCCGCGCCACCGCCCAGCUCGCAGUUCCGCGCCACCGCGGCCAUUCUCACCUGGCGGCGCCGCCCGCCCACCGCCCGGACCACAGCCCCUGAGCCGCCGACAGCCACAGUGGCCGCGACAACGGUGGGGGACACUGCUGAGUCCAAGAGCGUGCAGCCUGGCCAUCGGACCUACUUAUUUGCCUUGCUGAUUGUCUAUUUUUUUAAGAGUUUACAACUUUUCUAAGCAUUUUUGUAUACAAAGGAACUUUUUUAAAAAGACAUCUCCGGUUUAUAUUGAAUCCAAAGAAGAAGGAUCUCGGGGAAUUUGGGGUUUUUGGUUUGGGGUUUCGUUUCUAAAGUUGUUUUUAAUAUUCGUUGACUUUGGGGUUCGGGUACCCCUCUCUCUUCUUCGGACUCCGGAGGACCUUCUGGGCCCCCACAUUAAUGAG